AUGUUAAAAUCCCAUAUUAUUCCAGGAAAACUUGUUGCAACUGGUAGUAUUGUGCCAGAACUUCAUUAUGAUCUAUAUUUACGUAAUUGGUGGAUUUUUUCUAAAGAAAAAACUCAAGAAAAACAAACAUAUUAUCCUAUUCCUUUACGUUUAGGACUUGAAAUUAUAAUCCAACUUAAUAAUAACCCAUUUAUUAUACAUAUAGUUCGUAAUGUUCAUAGUUCUCUACAACCUGGCUAUAUUUGUAAAGGAAAAAGACAAAGUAGUGGUAUUAAUACAAGUGCUUCCACAGUGUUAACCGAUUCGGUAUGUUGA